AUGAAUCAAGAAGUGCAGUACAUCCUCAGCCUAGAGGCCGUUCGCGAACGAGCCAAUCACAUCCUCAACCUCGCCAAGAGUGAUCGUCUGAACCAUUUCGAGUACCAUGAGGACCGGCUCGACGGUGCGGUACAGUAUGUAGCUGGGAUUAUCAAGCGCGACUACGGCCCAAACAAAUUCGAAAAAAUCCCGCCUCAUGGCCGCUGGCAGCAUUUCCAGGUGAACGAUGUUGAUCGCAUCGGCAAGCUCCUAGGUCAGUGGGAAUCGGCCGGAUACGAUAAGAUCGAGCAAGCGCGUGGUCUGGUGGAUCUUUUCUUUGUGUCUGUGUUGCUGGAUGCCGGGGCCGGUGAUAAGUGGCGGUUUACGGAGCCAGACACUGGGCUGGUGCUGGUUCGCAGUGAGGGUAUUGCGGUUGCCACGUUGCAUAUGUUUCUGAAGGGGCAGUUUGCUACUGCUGGUUUUGGGCGUGGGGAUGUGGUGCUUGGACAAGCAUUGCGCGAUUUCAGCGAAGACACCCUUCGCGAAGGGUUCCAGAUAACGGAUGAGAACCUCUUCGUCGGAGUUCCGGCCAGAGUCGAUCUCUUGAGAUCGCUAGGCCAGUCGCUUUUGCGUCUCCCCGACGUAUUCGGCGAAUCUGGACGACCGGGGGAACUCGUCGACUACCUGGUAUCUCAAGCAGGCCAGAGCAACGUCAUCGACUUCGCAACACUCUGGACCACACUGCAGAGCGUCCUCCUACCCAUCUGGCCUUCAACUCGCACACAGCUAUCCAGUCACCCUGUCGGCGACGCCUGGCCACUCCAAGCGUUAUCCGACCACCCACCAUCCCCCAACUCACCGUAUCACACGAUCCAGCCCUUCCACAAGCUCACGCAAUGGCUCGCCUACUCCCUUAUGGUGCCAUUUGAGCGCCUCCUCUCCAAAACUUGGAAGAACGCAGACAUCGCCACCGGCCUACCCGAGUACCGCAACGGCGGCGUAUUCAUCGACAUGGGCGUUUUGACCCUGAAGCCUGAAGCACUGGCUCGCGGGGUCAAGAACUCAGGCACAGAGCUGCCCGCGUUUGAUGCCACGGCCGAUGAGAUUGUCGAGUGGCGAGCGUUAACGGUCGCGUUGCUGGAUCGCGUGCAUGAGGCUAUCCAGAAGACGGAUCUGGGGCCGCAGCGACUGUCUUUGCCGCAGGUGUUGGAGGCCGGAACGUGGAAGGCAGGCAGGGAGCUGGCGGCUGAGAAGAGGCCGGCGACGCGGUCUAGUCCGAUUCUGAUCCUGGGGGAUGGCACGUUGUUCUAA